GAUUUGGGGGGUUUCCGUAGGCGGGGUUUUGUGUAGCUUUCAGCAUGCAGGUGAAUGAUUGUGGUCGUCGUCGUCCCAAAAUUCCGGGGAUUUUCCCUCGUGGCUGUGGACGCGCCACAACAAUACGACCGUCAAUGAACCCAAAAAAGAAAAGAAUAGAUUAGAUGAACGCAACAAUCAACAUCCCAACCCUACUCGUACACCACCAAAUCCUCACGACAACCAUAACCUUGUCUCAAGUCCUUCCCACAACAUCCUCUUCCUCGACGAGUAUCACGCAUCCGGGUCGAGAGACCACAAGCAAAAGAAAUCACCAUGACAUCCCUCCGUCCCUUCCACGCUCUAGAUGUCUUCAAAUUCAACCCCACCAACCUAGACCCCCUCACCGAAACCUAUGACCUCAACUUCUACUUUUCCUACCUGGCGCGCUGGCCACACCUCUUCAACGUCGCACUCAGUCCCACCGGAACCAUCGAUGCCUACCGUUUGUUACCCCACCCCAUUCCAUCCUCAUCCUAUUCUAUCCUCUCACCCCAUCAUCACAUACCCAACUAACCCCCCCAAAAGUAAUGGGCAAACUCGAAUCCUCCCCCCCUCUCCUAGCCCUCACCAAAUCCCCGCACUACCUCCCCCACCACGCCCACAUAACCGCCCUAACCGUCUCGCCCUCCUCACGUCGUCUCGGCCUAGCACGCACACUCUCCCAAUCCCUCGAACACGCCGGAGACGCCUACAACGCCUUCUUCGUGGACCUCUUCGUGCGCCAAUCCAACACCAUCGCACAGACGCUCUACAAAGGAAUGGGCUACAGUGUCUUCCGGAAGGUCGUAGAAUACUACAGCGAGCAUCUAACGGAUAAAUCGCGGGACAGCGAAGAUGCAUAUGACAUGCGGAAGAGUCUCGCACGGGACGUGAAGCGCGAACAUGUCCGGGAGAAUGGGGAGAAGUAUGAGGUUAAUCCCGAGGAUGUUUGGUGAGCGAGCAUCUCGUACCCGAAGAAAUGAAUACUACGAAAAGGAGAAAUGCAUGACAUGGGUUAUGGAAAAAGGGGUCAUCAAUUCUAUGGGAUAAUGGGAAGUAAGAAUUUUAUGGCCGGCAAAGAAAUUACCAGAGUCAAACCAUACGGUUGAGAUAACCUACGGCAUCAUCCGAGAGGUGAGAAACGGAACCCAAACUUCCAAAGUCGGUUUGAUAUACCAUCAAAAGCCCAUACCAAAAAUUGGUUCUCCUAUUACGAACCGCCUGUCGUGAAAAAGGGACAGCAGAGCACAGAUACCUCGCUUAGCAGCCGACAGAAAAGGAACUUCCGCACCCCAUCAAAGAAUCAAAACAAUUUAUGUACCUGAUGUCACGAAUCACGUGCUCACGUGAUACUUUUCAUAAUAAGAGGCGCAACCCUCGACAGGCACAUCCAGGUUUCUUAUAGCAAAUAGGGAUCGUUUAGGGUAGCUAAGCGAUCCAGGGAUUUCUCUUGUAUGUAAUCACGUGACUAAGACUGGACCGCCAGGUCGCCUAGCGAUCUGGCUAUCUGGACCGCCAGCUCGACAGGCGAGUUGACCGCCUAGGGAGAACGAAGGUUCUAUAUAAGACUGGCA